AUGCCAAUGUACAAGAAAUUCAUGGAAGAGGUAAUGGACGAAAAGAAACCAACAGUAGAAGAACUGGUAGCUUGGAAGGAAAAGUAUAGUGCAAAUUCAUUGGAGCAGAAAAUUCCAAACAAACAUAAGGAUCCUGGAACGAUAACAGUACCGUACACAAUUAAAGGAAGAACCUUCAAAAUGGCACUAAUAGAUUCUGGAGCUAGUCUGAGUUUGAUGCCAUUAUUAAUCUAUCACAGGUUGGGUAUUAAAAAUGUUAGUGAUACAAAGACAAAUCUGAAGUUUGCAGAUCACUCGAGAAAGGAUGCAUAUGGUAUAGCAGAAGACGUACUGGUUCUUGGUAUUAUAGUUGGAUGGGGUAAUGAUCAAUAG